AUUAUAUUUAAAAGAUCAAAAUGGACCAGCGCUCCCAAAUAAAUUACAAUUUUGACUAAAAACUCUUAUCACCGGCGCCUCCUUCAGCCGCCAACAUUUUCGGCGGGCAGCCUCUCUCUAUCACCGAAACAAACCCAGUCAUUUUAACCAAUUUUUUUCUCAAAAGAAUCGGUUUGAAACUCCUGCAACAGCUCAGGUAAUCUUAUUUUCCCAAAUACAUUCUUCUUAUUUGUCCUUUCCCUGGCUGUAGAUUUUCAUGUUCUUGAAAUGAGUGAAAAGAAGGUCUAAAAGACUAGAACGGAUUAAGAGUUGAAUUGGUUUACUGGGUUUUCAUGGGAAUAUUGAUUGAUUUACUCAGAGACCUGAAUUGAGCAGCAUGGAUAUAAUUUACCCGAACUGAUUUGGGAUCAAGCAAAUGAGUGCUGUUGUGCUUCCUAAACAUGUGGCCGCUGUAUUACAAUGUCAAAAGAACCCUUUAAGGGCACUAGAAAUAUUCAAUUUAAUGAAAAAGGAACAUGGGUUUAGCCAUAAUUUGAUUACCUACAAAUGUAUGGUUGAAAAGCUUAGUUAUUAUGGAGAGUUCAAGGCAAUGGAAGGUGUCAUUGAAGAAGCCAGGCAAAAAAUUGAUAAUAGGUUGUUAGAAGGGGUGUACAUUACUGCUAUUAGAGGUUAUGGAAAGAAGGGGAAAGUUCAACAGGCGGUCGAUGUGUUUGAGAAGAUGGAUUUUUUCAAUUGUGAGCCGUCUCUUCAUUCGUUUAACACAAUCAUGAAUAUAUUGGUUGAACAUGGUUAUUUUAAACAAGCCCAUAAAGUUUAUAUGAAAAUGCUGGAAAAUGGUAUUUCUCCUGAUGUAUAUACUUUUACUAUUAGGAUAAAGUCAUUUUGUAGGACAAACCGGCCUCAUGUUGCGUUAAGGCUUUUGAAUAACAUGCUUGAUCAAGGAUGUGAAUUUAAUGCAGUCGCAUGUUGUACGGUAAUUGCUGGAUUUUAUGAUGUGAAUUGUCGAGUUGAGGCUUGCGAAUUGUUUGAUGAAAUGCUUAGCCUCAGAAUAACUCCUAAUGUUACUACGUUUAAUAAGCUUAUAUGUACACUUUGUAAGAAGGGGGACGUCCAAGAAAGUGAAAGGCUUCUUAACAAGAUUCUGAAAAGAGGGGUGUUUCCAAAUCUGUUUACAUGUAAUCUCUUACUACAAGGUCUUUCUGUAAAUGGCCAGAUACAUGAAGCUGCUAGGAUGUUGGAAGCCUUGAGGAAAGAAGGUUUAAAUGCUGAUGUAGUCACUUAUAACACUCUUAUUUGUGGUUUAUGCAAACACUCAAAGGUUGCUGAAGCUGAGUCUUACUUGCAUCAGAUGGUGAACCGUGGGCUCGACCCUGAUGCAUUCACCUAUAACACAAUCAUUGGCACAUAUUGCAAAUUGGGUAUGAUACAGAAAGCGGACAUAAUCCUUAAUAAUGCAGUUUAUAAAGGUUUUGUUCCUGAUGUGUUUACUUUCUGCUCCCUUAUUUAUGGAUUAUGCCAGGAUGGUGACUUCAACAGAGCCAAGAGUUUAUUUAAUGAAGCCAUAGAUAAGGGUAUGAAGUCUAAUGUAAUCCUCUAUAAUACCUUAAUUAAGGGAAUGUGUCAGCAAGGACAUAUCUUAGAAGCAUUGAAAUUGAUUACUGAAAUCCCUGAGAAAAGUUGCAGGCCUAAUACAUGGACUUAUAAUCUGAUCAUCAAUGGGUUGUGCAAGAUGGGCUGUGUAUCUGAUGCUAGUAAUAUCCUAAAUGAUGCUGUGACCAAAGGGAUCCUUCCUGAUAUUUUUACCUUCAACACCUUGAUUGAUGGUUAUUGCAAACAGUCAAAAUUGGCUGAUGCAGUCGAGAUUCUAAAUACAAUGUGGGAUCAUGAUAUUGUUCCAGAUGUGAUAACCUAUAACACAAUGUUGAAUGGACUUUGCAAGCUUAAAACUUCUGAUGAUGUGAUGGAAACCUUCAAAGUCAUGGUGGAAAAAGGGUGUGCCCCAAAUAUAAUCACAUAUAAUAUGCUCAUUGAAAGCCUCUGUAAAUCUCGAAAGCUUAUGAAAGCUUUAGAAUUACUUGAGGAUAUUCAGAGCAAGGGUCUUAUUCCUGAUACAGUGAGUUUUGGCACUCUGAUAAAUGGGUUUUGUGAGAAUGAGGAUUUGGAUGGAGCUUAUGAGCUAUUCAGAAGAAUGAAAAGGCAAUAUAAAUGUUCUCAUACUACUGCAACAUACAAUAUAUUGAUCAGUGCAUUUGCUACAAAGCUGAGAAUGGACAUGGCAGAGAAGCUUUUUCUUGAGAUGAAUGAAUCUGGCUGUCCUCCUGAUAACUACACAUACCGUUGUAUGAUAGAUGGUUUCUGCAAGGUCGACAAUACUGAAUUUGGAUACAAGUUUUUCCUUGAAAACAUGACGAAAGAAUUUCUUCCAUCAAAAGAAACAGUGGGACGAGUGAUCAAUUGCCUAUGUGUGAAGAACAGGUUACUUGAAGCAGUUGGUAUCAUUCAUCUCAUGGUGCAGAAGGGUGUUGUCCCUAAUGUGGUCCACACAAUUUUUGAAGCAGAUAAAAAGCAUGUGGCGGCUCCUAAGAUUGUUGUGGAAGACUUGCUGAAGAAGAAUCAUAUCACCUAUUAUGCCUACGAGCUUUUAUAUGAUGGGAUAAGAGACAAAAAUAUUUUGAAGAAAUUAUCAAUGAAGGUUCAUCCUAUUUAAAGAAUUACUUUUUUCUCAAAUACUGGAGUACACAUUAACACUGCAGCCUCAAAAGGCUUUUGCUUGGAUACAAACAUUUGUAUCAAUAAUGUACAAAUAUUUUAGGCGAAGGUGGAACAAGUAAAGUGAUUCAACUAGCUAUCCAAUUAGUAAUGAAUUGGUAACAGCUAACUGGUAAAUGGACCGUGUUACAAGUAAAAUUUCUACAUGUUAAGGUGCUUUUUGGGUAAGAUUGCUAGCUGUUUGGUAAAUGAAUAUUCUUUUGAUUCUCUUACUGUUCCCUUUUUCCCUUGUGUGGUCAAAAUGUUAUUGAAGUGUGUUUGUGAUAUCUGAAGAAAAAGGCGACACAUUUGUUUUUGAUAACCUGAUCAAAAGGUUGUUAUCGUUGAAAGUUGAAUAUAUGAAAAAUAAAGAGGAGUAAACUAAUUUCGUAGAUAAUCUAUCAGGUGAAAUGAUUGUGAGUUUGACUGAUUUCAGCUGAAAAUUGUCUUUUAAAAAAUUGUUUGGAUAAUAUCUUCUCAGAGACACUUUUCUAGAUUCUUUUUCCGGAAUGUCACAAGAUAACUUACAGCAAAAAUAUAGCUAUCUAAACACAUGUUAGUCUACUUAAGUUCUUCCCGAAAACAUUGAGUUUAGUCCGCUUAAGUUCUUCCAGAAAACCUUCAGAAACUUUUCUGGAAGUUUUUCAAAAGGACACCUAACAUAUUCAGCAUGCAACAAUGAUUGAAAGAUGGUGGAUUAAGUGAAUGAAAAUUAAUUGUCCCUAAUAUUUUGGCUUGAUGGAGCAAAAUGAAAAAUUGAGUGAUUACUCUGGGCUGCAAUGCAUGAGAAAGUAUGACACGUGAUUUUACAAUUCGUUGACCUUUUACAUUUUAUUUUUUUUAAAUGCAAAGUAAGAAUGCUCAAUGGGAAGAAAAAUGGGAACACCGGGUAGUGUUUCAUCUUUAUUCCCAGAGAACCAAUUGCACUCACCAACCUUCUGAUAGAUCACCUGAAAGAAAAAGUGCAUGGAUAAAUAAAACUCUAAUCUACUGGAUUAAGAUUCCGUUUUAUUCAGAAGAUCAAUGAAAGUUAAUUUAACUAUAAAUUUGACAUGUAAACGAACUUCUCGCAUUGAGAUACUAGUUGCACUGAUAAGAGGGCUUGCCCACAGCUCAGAAGUCUAGAAUAGUUGUUUUAACUUUUUUGCUUCUUUCUUCCACACAGAAAAAACUUGCACCGAUAUCUUGUUCAUGGAAACAUUCUACCUUCAGUCACUUGAGCAUUGAUGGGUUUCAAACUAAGUUUCAGAGUCAUAUUACAAGAGCGAUAUAGCGGUGGCGCCAUGAACAUGCCAUUGGUGCAAAAACAGUGGCAUAAAUCAGUGACAGUAACUGAAAACAUUGGACAUGGGAAGAGAGGGUUGGUUUAGUCGCAAUGCUUCAUGGCUAAUUCAAUUAAGUUGGUUCAAUGCUUAAUUGUCCAAUGAUGUUUCCCAAGUCUCUCCGAGGGACGUCUCCUAGAUGCAGCUCUCAGCACUCUUAGGAUCAGAGGUCUUAGCAGGGAUGCUUUUAUAGAGAUUAUACAGCUAACGACCUGAGCUCAGAUGUGCAUCAAAAAGGCCUUUGGUCUAGUGACGAGUGCAACCCGUGAUAUAUGAUAUAACCGCGCAUCACGAGUUUGAACCUUGCUGCGGACAAAAGCUUGGUAUUAACUGGAGAACGGUAGAAGGGUUGGUCCAUUACCCACCGAGUUUUGAAUCGUCCGGCAGCUGGCCCUGGGGGAACCUAUCUUUAAAAAUAGCCUCAGUUUUUGGAAAGCCAAUAUUUGAAGCCAUACUGCUGCCAAGUACUAUCAUUCUCUACUUUCCUCAAAGUCAUGCUUGAUAAUAGAAGUGCUUCCCUUGGUUUAUUUUUUUCACGACUUCAUUCCUCCGUGUUUUGAUUUUUUUAUAAGACCAGCUUCUUUGUUCCCUUGUUUCCUCUGGAUUAGUUUAUGUUUUUUUGUGAUUUACUUUAAUCUAACUUUGUUUGAACCUAAGUAUGUUUCU